AUGAUCUUCAUCAUCCUGCUAGUUCUUAGCUUGGCGCCGAUGGUCGCAACCGAACCCUGGUGGGUCUGCGGCGCCACGGGCACCUACACGACCAACAGCAAAUACCAUAACAACCUGGAGACCCUAUCCAGCAUGCUCCCGGCCUCGACACCAUUCGUGGAUCCUCCGGGCGACGCCGUCUCCGGAUCCGACCUAUUCGCCAAAGCCUCCGUUGGCGCCGUCCCGGACACCGUCUACGCCCUCGCGCUCUGCCAUGGCUACGUCAAUGCCUCUGCGUGCCGCAAUUGCGUUGCCGCCGCCUUCGACGUCGCCCGGAAGCAGUGCGCUCUCGGCAAGGACGCCACCGUCUUCUACGACGCGUGCCUCCUCCGCUUCUCCGACAAGAAUUUCCUUGAACUCCUCCAUAAUGCUUCCAUGGCAUCUUCAGCAGAUUACAGCGAUGGUGCUCUCAUCCUGAUGAAUGUCACCACCCAGCCCUUGUUCUCUGGUUGGGACAAGGGCCUCAACCAGGAGACAACCAUCAUCCACUUCAUCAACAUGGCGCUGAACAACACAGUGCAGAAGGUGUUCAACAACACAGGGAAGCACUACGCUGCAAUCCGCAGCACGACCGAUGAUGGAAGCGGAAGCAUUCCGCCAAUCUACUCCAUGGCGCAGUGUGUGCCGGAAUUGAUAGUGGAUUUCUGCUAUCGCUGCCUCACGAAUAUCAGCAACCUGGCGAUGACGAACUUCGCCGGGCGGCAUCGAGGACAGAUCCUUGGUGCGUGGUGUAAUCUGAGGUACGAUACGUAUCCGUUCUAUGGCGAGCUGACCUCCGUGCCGUCGAAUGGUCUUGUUCCAACUCCAGCACCGCAACCCACCCCGCUGCCGGCACCAUCUCCCAAUCACAAGAAGCCUCUUGGAAGGGCCUUGAUUAUUGCCUUGGUUGCUCCACUAUUUGCAUUGUUUGUCUGCGUCCUCGUUUCCUUCAGAUUCAUAAGGCACAUAAGAGCUAAGAUGAAUGUCCAUGAAGAUGAAGCACUGAUUUGGGGACUGGAAGGAAGGAAUCCGGAAUUCACGAUUUAUGACUUUUCACAAGUAUUAGAGGCUACAUGUAAUUUCUCGGAAAACAGCAAACUUGGGCAAGGAGGCUUCGGUCCUGUAUACAAGGGCCGAUUUGCUGACGGGCUGGAGAUUGCAGUCAAGAGACUUGCUUCACAUUCAGGGCAAGGUUUCACAGAGUUCAAAAAUGAAAUACAACUCAUAGCUAAGCUCCAGCACACAAACCUUGUUAGGCUCUUAGGAUGCUGCUACCAGAAACAGGAGAAACUACUAAUCUAUGAAUAUUUGCCAAAUAAAAGCUUGGACUUCUUCAUUUUUGAUGAAACCAGAAGAGCCUUGGUAGAUUGGAACAAACGGCUAGCAAUAAUAGAUGGGAUAGCACAAGGACUUCUAUAUUUACAUAAGCACUCUCGCUUGCGUGUCAUCCAUAGAGAUCUCAAAGCAAGCAACAUUCUCUUGGAUCAUGAAAUGAACCCAAAAAUUUCAGAUUUUGGGCUUGCAAAAAUAUUUGGCAUAAAUGAUACUGAACGAAAUACAAAGAGGAUUGUUGGGACAUAUGGUUAUAUGGCUCCAGAGUAUGCUUCAGAAGGCCUCUUCUCGGUCAAAUCUGAUGUAUUCAGCUUCGGUGUGCUAAUUCUUGAGAUUGUCAGCGGUCAAAGAACAUCAGGUUUCCACCGAUAUGGAGACUUCAUCAACCUUGUUGGGCACGCAUGGCAGUUGUGGAAAGAAGAAAGAUGGCUUCAGCUCGUGGAUGCAUCAAUUGCAGAGAAUCAGAAUCUAGGGAUGAUGAGAUGUAUUAUUAUCGCAUUGUUGUGUGUCCAAGAAAAUGCUGCUGAUCGACCCACCAUAUCAGAUGUGAUUGCCAUGCUAAGCAGUGAAAGCAUGACCUUGCCUGAGCCUAAGCACCCGGCAUAUUUCCAUCGUCACAGAGUAUCUCUGUGUUCCUUAGUACGACUUAGUAGUAUGACUUCCCGGUGAACUGACAGUAGAGGGACGACGUUCAGCGUAAAAAGGGAAAAAAGAAAAACAUUGACCGGCACCUCCCUUUCACUUCUCAUGCAUGGUGGAGCACCAGCUGACAGCAGCUAUGGCACACACUCUGACAGCAGCAAGCGAUUAUGCGCGCAGCUCCUCUCUUGGCUUCGACGCGGCGCGAGCAGAGGCUGCGGAAGAGGAGCGGAGCAGAGCAGAGCCUGCGGAACAGAGGAUCAGAGCAGAGCAGAGGCUGCAGAGCAAAAAGUUGCUGUAAGUAUUUUUAGAAGAGAGUUAGAAAGUUAGAAAGAAUAACUUACAAGACGAGCGACCAUAAAACUGACUAACACCACUAAAGCAUUCUGGAAAUUUCCUGUUGAUUUGGUCACAACUACCAUGGUCAUGUUCUGGCUUCUUCUAAUGCAUGCCAAACUCAUCCAGCAUGCACAUCGACUGGAGGUCGCGACGUAUGCCUGUAUAUAAAGCUCUUUACAUCCAUUCAGUUGUCAGAGUGAACAAGUAGCGCUGGUAGCUAAAACCCCCCAAAGGAAUUAGCAGAGGUGAGAGAAGAGGCACAUCUCUGCUCAUGUAACACUCCAAGACAUGUGUUGGAGCAAUUUCUUUUGA